AUGUUGUCGCUACAGCACGACGCUGUGGUUGCUGCACACGGGCGUCUGCGCGACAAAAACCCCAUUACCCUGUCGCCAUGGAACGGAGCGGUGGUUGGUUUGCACAAUGCGGGUACACGAAUGAGGUUUGCAACCAAAUCAUGGUCGAUUCUUGGGAGGAAAGGUCUAAAUUUUCAUUCCUUGUUGCACCCGUUGCGAGCGCAAACGCGAGCAUUUUUUGCUAGCGUUCCUUGCAGAAGUGCUACACACUACAUUGACGAAUGGUUUGCCGAAACCAUCAAGCCAAAAAGCUUUUACCAGAAGCACAGCAAAGCAACGUCAAGCAACAACCGUUGCUAUUUUUAUUCAGUCGAUCUGCAAGGUCGCUUAUUUUUGGAAGAAACCCUGCCCAAGAACAUUGCCACAUCCAUCAAGGAUACCAAGUUUCUGGACUUUUUCUUUCGGCGUGUCCGUCGCAUCAGUCCAGAGCAGGCUACUUUUCUGCAUGAGCGAAAUAUUUCCUGGAAGGAAUACCCGUUUGUCAGCGUUUGUGGUGUAGAAAAGAACUUUAUUCGGCCGGCGGCCACUCCAAUCGUCUUUCACAGCUUGAUUUCCGACGACUCUGAAUUGUCAUUUGCGGGAAACCUUGUGGAGCCGUUCAACGUGGAAAACUUGGCUAUUUCGCCUAAAAGUGGUCGCCUGUAUCACCGUUUAACCAAGCCAGUUCCGAAGUCUAAGACAAGUCAAGUGCUCUGCUUAGAGUAUGCGUUGAUUAGGUCGGCAGUAGCCGUCCAACUCUCAGAAAUCAUGGAACCUCUGGAAGAAGAGGAACACAUUUCCGACAGUGAUUCGAAAUCAUAUUCAGGUCUACAGAUACAACUUGGAAAGGGCGGCUACCAACGGAUACCAUGGCUGCCAGUAGAAUAUGAACCAGGAGACUGGGCCAUGCCAUUCCAAGCGGAUGUAUCUCAAUAG